UCAUGUCAUUAUAGUUUUGCUGUAUGGCCUAACCUUGUCGAUCUGCUCUGAAACAAAUUCCCCUGCCUUUUCCCUGUCCCAUUCAUUUCCAUGGCGUCCUCUUCAAAUGUUAGCGAAAAUCAGAGUGCGUCUCAAAAUGCUUUUCAGGAAAUUGGAUUUACGUCUGGAUCUUACCCAGCAAUGACAAAUAGAGUUCCCUGUGAUGUAUUUAUUAAUCAUCGUGGACCUGAUGUUAAACACAAACUUGCAAGCAACAUCUACUAUGCUCUUGAUGCCAUUGGAUUACGCCCUUUUCUUGAUGUAGAAGUGCUUGAACCAGGCGUUGUCAUACCAUCAGCAAUACAAGAGGCUAUGAGUAGUGCUUCUCUUCAUAUUGCUAUUUUGUCCCACAACUAUGCCCAGUCAUCCUGGUGUUUGGACGAGCUAACAUUUAUGCUCAGAACGGGCACCAAAAUCAUUCCUAUUUUCUAUCAUGUGGAGCCUUCCGAUGCUCGAUGGGUUAUUCAAGGCAAAGGAAUCUAUGCAGAUGCAUUUUCUGAGCAUGAAACGAAGGGAAGAUUUGGUUCUGAGAAGAUUGAGGAAUGGAAAACGGCGCUUCAUGACAUUUCGUUUCUCUCCGGCCAUGUUGUUAAUGAUGACAUUGCUGAAGGGAGGCUGCUGAAAAGUAUUUGCAACGAGGCACUGCAGACCAGGGAUGGAUUUCCAGUGAAAAUAGCCAGAUUUCUAAUCAGAACGGAUGAACACAUGUCUCGUCUGCUGGCUGACACAGAUGAAGAAUCUGAAAAUUCUGAGCAGGACGUUGAAGAGUCUGCGAGUGAAUGCUCAGAUGAAAUUAUUUCAUCAAUGGUUGAAAAAGUUGAAGGCUCUGUAAGUAAGUGCUUAAACAGGGUUGAAGUGUCUGUGAAUGUGUGCUUGGAUAGGGUUGAAGGUUCCGUAACUAAAUGCGUAGAUAGGGUUGAAGGGUCUGUGAAUGAGUACUUAGAUAAGGUUGAACAAUCUGGAGAUGAGCCCAUCGAUGAACUGAUUGAAAGGGGUUUGAAGAGGGCAUUCAGAUGGUUCACCGAAGAUUAGUCUCGGCCACUUAUUAACAAGGGCUGUAUUGCAGUGUAGUUCUUAUAAAAAUUGGGGGCUGAGUUUAUGGAUGAAUUUAUCCAAGGGAGAGGGGGUUUGAAGAGGGCAUUCAGAUGGUUCAUUGAAAAUUAGUCUCGGCCACUUACUAACAAGGGCUGCAUUGCAGUGUAGUUUCCUGCCAAAUAAUUUUGGUGUUGCUUGAUCUUGUAUUGCAGUUUAGUAAAUUAUUUAAGGGCUUGAUCAUUAAAUGUGUGAAUGUACGGAAUAGCUAGGCUAUGUAAUAACUGCAUCAUUCAAAGGUCAAAUACAUGAACUGUAAAGGCUCAAAUUUCCAAAUGUUAUAGAGCUUUCCACUAAAAUUUAUUUUACCUUGA